AAUUAUUCCCCUUUGUUGUACACUCUUCCUUUAAAAACACCAGAUUUGUGGUUAUUGGUACCGGAAGUGAGGGUUGCGCGCAUUAUUUGGAAAUGUGAGAAUUUCAGUUGCCUCUGCAACUUCUUCAGUUGUCUGUGUGAUGGCUGUCAAACUAAACACCUGCCAAGAGGCUGCAAUCUUUGAAGAUGAACGAGAAGGUAAAAUCAGAGAAGUUGGUAAUCAAGCUGUUUGGUCACUUUCAUCCUGUAAACCAGGGUUUGGUGUUGAACAGUUACGAGAUGAAGAUUUUGACACCUAUUGGCAAUCAGAUGGUCCACAACCUCACUUGGUGAAUGUACAAUUCCGACGGAAAACAAUUAUUCAAGAUAUAUGUCUUUAUACAAAUUACAAAGCAGAUGAGAGCUACACACCCAACAGAAUCUCAAUUCGUGCAGGAAAUAAUUUCCACGAUUUAGUCGAACUUGAGCAAGUGGAACUAAUCGAACCAGUUGGUUGGGUUAGGAUUCCUCUCAAAGAUUCAAAUGACAAACAUAUACGAACUUUUAUGAUUCAACUUGCAGUUCUUUCCAAUCAUCAGAAUGGCCGGGAUACUCACAUACGUCGCAUCAAGGUCAGAUCUCCAGUUAUGGACACUUCAAUUCAUCCAGCACCAAAAUUCACCAGUUCUGAAAUGAUGCAGUAUGCUUAUUUUAAAUAAUGGACAUAGAAGUAGAUUCAGGAUUUUGAAAAUAAAAUAAGAAAAUUAAAAGGCAAAAAAUGUAGAUAAAAAUGAACUUACACAUUUCAUAAUUAAAUUUUGUUUUUUUAUAAUAA